AUGCUGGGGUUCCUUCUUUUCCGUGGGAGUAAGGAAGUGCUUUUGAAUGAGGUACUGAGGGCCAAGGUGUUGUAAGUUCCUAGUUCUUUCCUCGGUUAACUGUGAAAUUCUGCGUAUUGGGAAGGCCUGGCUUCAGUCAUCAGGCCAGGAGAGGUAUUGGGCGCCGCGCACGCACUCCUCUGCCAGCAGGCCCAAAGGGGAAGCCUAGCGGAGCUCAGUGUGGCAGCUGCUGGCCUCUGGGCCGGUAAGAAUUGAUGGUCCCCUCCCUCAUUCCCCAGGCCCAAAGCUUUGACCCAGUUAGUGUCUGCUAGUUUCAUGUGCCUGACUUGUGCCUUUGGCGCGGAACGUUUGGGAGACUCGGCCUUGCGGCAUUCUGACCUCACCCGCCACGCACCUAGCCUGGCACUGGGUCCUUCUUGCCUCUCACUCGCUUCCUCUGAGGCACCUGGGUACCCUCUUGUCUCUUACCCGCUUAAUCUGAGUCCAUGUCCAAGUUCAUCAUUCUAUGUCUGACCGCGUCCCAGCCACCAGAAGACAAGAAACUCCGGGUGUGACAUUAAUCCCACUGGGGGCUCGGGAGAACUGCCUUCUAAAAUCAGAGACUGUAUCCACUUGUCUGGAGAGAAAUGAAAAAAAUAAGGACAAUGUAGGGAGGUAUUUUAAAGCUACUUGUCAUACCAUGCUUUCCUGUGAUAUUUGUGGUGAAACAGUAACCUCAGAACCAGACAUGAAAGCUCACCUAAUUGUUCACAUGGAAAAUGAAAUUAUAUGUCCAUUUUGCAAGUUGUCAGGUGUGAAUUAUGAUGAAAUGUGUUUUCAUAUCGAAACAGCUCAUUUUGAGCAGAAUACACUUGAAAGAAACUUUGAGAGGAUAAAUACAGCACAAUAUGGAACUUCAGAUAACAGGAAAGACAACACCCUACAGUGUGGAAUGGAAGUUAAUUCAAGUAUUCUUUCAGGUUGUGCAUCUAAUCAUCCAAAAAAUUCAACUCAAAACCUGACUAAAGAUAGCACUUUAAAACAUGAAGGCUUCUAUUCAGAGAACUUAACUGAAUCUAGAAAAUUCCUGAGAAGUAGGGAAAAACACUCUGGCCUGACCGAAAUAAAAGGAUCUAUUUAUGAAACAACAUACAGUCCUCCCGAAUGUCCAUUCUGUGGAAAAAUAGAGGAGCACAGUGAAGAUAUGGAAACUCAUGUGAAAACAAAGCAUGCCAAUCUUUUAGACAUUCCAUUAGAAGACUGUGAUCAACCACUCUAUGAUUGUCCUAUGUGUGGGCUCAUAUGUACAAAUUACCAUAUUCUUCAGGAACAUGUUGACUUGCAUUUGGAAGAAAACAGCUUACAGCAAGGCAUGGAUAGAGUCCAGUGUUCUGGUGAUCUACAAUUGGCUCACCAGCUUCAGCAAGAAGAAGACAGAAAGGGGAGAUCUGAAGAAUCAAGACAAGAAAUAGAAGAAUUUCAGAAGCUGCAGAGACAAUAUGGUUUAGAUAAUUCUGGAGGAUACAAACAACAACAACUGCGAAAUAUGGAGAUAGAAGUAAAUAGGGGAAGAAUGCCUCCAUCUGAAUUUCAUAGGAGAAAAGCUGAUAUGAUGGAAUCAUUAGCUCUUGGUAUUGAUGAUGGAAAAACAAAAACUUCCGGAAUUAUUGAAGUCCUUCAUAGGUAUUAUCAGAAUGCUGCCACAGAUGUGAGGCGGGUGUGGCUUUCUUCAGCGGUGGAUCACUUUCAUUCAUCUUUAGGCGACAAAGGUUGGGGUUGUGGUUACAGAAAUUUCCAAAUGCUACUUUCAUCAUUAUUACAAAAUGAUGCUUAUGAUGAUUGCUUAAAAGGUAUGUCGAUUCCUUGCAUUCCAAAAAUUCAAUCUAUGAUUGAAGAUGCAUGGAAGGAAGGUUUUGAUCCUCAGGGGGCCUCUCAACUUAAUAACAGGUUACAGGGAACAAAGGCCUGGAUUGGAGCAUGUGAAGUAUAUAUACUCCUGACCUCCCUAAGGGUAAAGUGUCAUAUUGUUGAUUUUCACAAAUCAACUGGUCCUUUGGGUACACACCCUCGCUUAUUUGAAUGGAUAUUGAACUAUUAUUCUUCAGAGGGGGAAGGGAGUCCAAAGGUAGUGUGUACAUCUAAACCCCCUAUCUAUCUUCAGCAUCAAGGUCACAGUCGAACUGUUAUUGGAAUUGAAGAGAAAAAAAACCGAACAUUAUGCUUACUAAUAUUUGAUCCUGGAUGUCCUUCUCGAGAAAUGCAGAAAUUAUUAAAGCAAGACAUAGAGGCUAGCAGUCUCAAGCAACUUCGGAAAUCUAUGGGAAAUUUAAAACAUAAGCAAUACCAGAUAUUGGCAGUAGAGGGUGCUCUUUCUCCAGAGGAGAAAGUUACCAGGAGACAAGCUUCCCAAGUCUUUACAGCUGAGAAGAUUCCUUGAAGAAUCAAGCAUUUCAGUGAUUGAGAACAAUACUUUGUUUUCUAAAUGUAAAUAUUGAACUCCUUAACACAAUUAUGAAUCUGUGAAUUCUCUAAGUCUUAACAUAUAAUUUAAUUUCUAAAAUGCCUGUGUUAAUUGAAUUAUACCUAUCAUACUUCAUUGUUUGGUAAUUAUUUCAAUAAAAUGUCUUGUUUUUGCAUUGUG